AAUUUAUUUCCUGUUCUGCAGCUCAGAGUCAGAGAGACGGACGAACAGCAGGAGACAUGAGGGACAAGGAGCAGUGACGCCUGAGGACACGUCCGUCCCCUGCACAGGAGGACGAAGAGGACAAGGACCAGGAGGAGGAGGAGGAGGAGGAGGACAAUGGCGGAGCCUCUGCUGAAGAGAACUUUCUCCAGACUUCGAUCUCGCAGGAAGACGGAUCCUAAACUGAGCGAUGUCCCGCCUUCAUCUCCACCCUCUUCAUCCUCGAUGACGUCGUCGCUCGCCCCUCCCUCACCGCCACACAACCACAUCACCGUUGCUAAGAAACAGCAGUGGGCGAAGCAGGGCUCCAUAGCUCCGCCCACUUCCCUUCCCUUCACCACCAGACCCUUUGACCGCCCAUCAGGGACAUCCCAUGAUGCACUUGGAAAGAAGUGGAGCCAGAGCCCAGAGCAGGAUCAGGUGGAUGCAAGCGGCGAUCGGACGUUCACCUGUUUAACGAGGGACGUGACGAACACGUGUCCUCCUGCUUUGACCACGGUGCAGCAGGAAGCCUCCUCACCAGCAGGGGGCUCCACUGACGUGGUAGGCGGGACUAAGCGCUCGGGGCAGCGCUCGUACCUGCAGAGCCUGGAGCGCAGCAGCCGGGCCUGGGUGCUGUCGUCAGGAAAGUCCCAGGCUUCAGUGGACGUUUGUCCUCAAAACAACGGAGGCAACAUCUGGUACAACCCCAUCCCCGAGGAGGAGGACACCGGCCCCACCUCCAGCCCCGCCUCCUCCGCCACUGCAGUGCAACAAAGGCAGGAGGAGGUGUGGAGGAGGAGGGAGGUAACAGACGAGGGCAGAGCAACAAACUGGGAGGGGCCUGCAGAGUCCAGAGAAGAACUCUGGGUCAGAGCAGAGGUGCAGCGGUGCGAGUCCCCACCAGAGGGAGCUGAUGCCAGUGUCAGACACCAUGUUGAUGACAUCACAGAGGCCCCGCCCUCAGACUCAAGUCCAGCCCCCGAAAAGAAAGGGGGCGUGUCGGGCAGUAUGAUUGACAGGCUGCGUUCCCCCGGUACUGUGAGGAAACUGUCGAUGAAGAUGAAGAAACUCCCAGAGCUGCGACGCAAACUCAGCCUCCGCUCGUCUCGCACUCAUCGCCAUAAAAAUGACGAGAAGGGGGGCGGCGACAAUGUGACGUCAUCAUCAGCCAACCAGAACGUGAUCAGCAGAUAUCACCUGGAUAGCUCCGCCCCUCCCGCCCGACCCCUGCGGCGAUCGUGCAGAGGACGUUCAGUGGUCAAAGGAGGUCACCUGAGCGACGGAGACUCUCCUGAGCUGCUACCACGGCAACAAAGUCCUCUGCCCUCAACCCUGCAGGAGACGAGCUGCGACCCGAGCUCGUUCAGGUUGUACCUGGGCUCUGAUCCACCGCGGUGCAGCCAGAGGACGACGGGUUUACUCACCGUUCACCUGCUCGGCCUCGAGGAGAUGAAGAGCUGCAGGUCAGAGGACAGUAAAGAUGUCUUCCUUGCCAUCCAGAUCGACGGAGUGACACGAGCGAGGACUGCCCUCCUCAACCUGAGAAGCUCCACCCUCUCAUUAAACCACACCUUCCACCUGGAGUUGGAGAGAGCGCAGCAGCUGCGCGUGGUCGUCCUCACACCAGCCAAUCCACAGGCUAUGGGCGGGUCUCAACCAGGAUGUCAGAGGUCAGGUGGUCCAACCAGGAACAGAGUGUGUUGUCUGGGCGGAGUCAGCGUCCCUCCUCUGUUUAAAGGCUCUCGUAGUCAGCAGUUGUGUGUGAAGCUGGAACCUCGAGGUCUUCUCUACCUCAAACUGUGUCUUCAGGAGAAGUGGGACACUCAGUCCCUCAGCGACUCCUCAGCUCCUGCUAAUGUGUUCGGGGUGGAACUGCACCACCUGGUGGAGAAAGAAGGUUCUGCAGCUCCUGUACCUCUGCUCAUCCAGAAGAGUGUGGCAGAGAUCGAACUGAGAGGACUCAAGGUGGUGGGUGUGUACAGACUGUGUGGAUCUGCGGCGGUGAAGAAGGAGUUGAGAGACUGCUUUGAGAGGAACAGUGGCGCCGUAUGUCUCAGCGAUGACCUUUACCCCGACAUCAACGUCAUCACAGGUAUUCUUAAGGAUUACCUGCGCGAGCUGCCAUCUCCGCUCAUCACCACCACGUUGUACCAGGUUGUCAGAGAGGCCAUGACUCCACCCCCUGUGACCUCUGACCCUCAGAGGACGAUGGAGCUGCUCACCUGUCUGCCACCGCCAGAGAGGGCAACGCUGACGCUCUUACUGGACCACCUGAGUCUGGUCGCCUCCUUCAGCUCCUUUAACCGCAUGACGCACCAGAACCUUGCUGUCUGCUUCGGCCCAGUGCUGCUCACGCCCACGCAGGAGGCGUGGCGAAGAGGGGGAGGAGUGAGGGGAGGAAGGGGAGGAGGGAAAGGCGAGGAGAUGGCGAGCGCGGUGGAUUUUAAACGACACAUCGAGGCGCUGCACUUCCUGCUGCAGCAGUGGCCAGUGCCGACACGUCACGUGCCGGAUGAAGACUCCUCCCUUCCUCCCUCCCCCACCUUUACCCACAAUCCCCUGCUGCAGCCACUGCAGUUGAUGCUGCCACAGAACCAACUGGGGGAGCCAGUGGUGUCGCGGCGAGGGCGGGGCGGGCUUGCCAGGCUGGACAGUCCACCGCCAAUCAAUCGGUACGCUGGCGACUGGAGCGUGUGUGGCCGUGACCUUUUGUCAGGACAGGAGGCGGACUACGACGAGGUGGCAGGAAGUGAGAGUGACGCAGACAGCGAUGAUGAAGAGGAGGAGCAGAAGAAGGAGACGUGGCCACCAGGAGGAGGCGGAGCUCUGUACGUGGACGACUUCCUGGACUUUGACGCUCCGUUUAACUGUCGACUGAGCCUGAAGGACUUUGACGCUCUGAUCCACGACCUGGACCGAGAGCUCGCCAAACACAUCAACAUCUGCCUGUAGACACGCCUCUGACCUCUGACCCCGGGUCAGCGGGUCCUUGUCCACUCCUGUCAUCUGAAUGGACGCUGCGUCUCAUAUGAAGGACAAGGCUUGAACUCCAGCUGCGCUAAAAACAACAAACAACCAGAAGUACAGGGGGGUAUUCCAUCAAGCAGGCU